ACGCGAUUCCCACAGAUAAAAAGGAAGGUGAGCUGAGCUGAGUAUCUUGUAAAUAUUGAACUCUCAAGCAGCGUAUGCCCACGUUUUGUGCAUCAAGCGGCUAAAUACAGGUUUCAAGAUGCAGUUCAUGCUGCUGUUCAGCCGGCAGGGGAAGCUGAGGCUGCAGAAGUGGUACGUGCCGCUGUCAGACAAGGAGAAGAAGAAGAUCACCCGCGAGCUGGUGCAGACUGUGCUGGCACGCAAACCCAAGAUGUGCAGCUUCCUGGAGUGGAGGGAUCUCAAGAUCGUUUACAAGAGGUAUGCCAGCCUGUACUUCUGCUGUGCCAUUGAGAACCAGGACAAUGAGCUCAUCACACUGGAGAUCAUCCACCGAUAUGUGGAGCUACUGGAUAAGUACUUUGGCAGCGUGUGCGAGCUGGACAUCAUCUUCAACUUUGAGAAGGCGUAUUUCAUCCUGGACGAGUUCCUGCUGGGCGGAGAGGCCCAGGAGACCUCCAAGAAGAACGUGCUGAAGGCCAUCGAGCAGGCUGACCUUCUGCAAGAGGAGGCAGAGACCCCACGGAGUGUUCUGGAAGAGAUUGGACUGACAUAAACCUGGCCUGCCGCCACCAGCUCAGCCACCGCACUCCUCUGCCCACUUGUGUUUCCUGUGUCUGCUAAAUGACGUAACACUGUGUUCACAAGCAUUUCAGUAUUGGGACAAGUCCUGUUCCGCAUCAUGCCUUUUUCUUUUUAAUAUUAUUUACGGUGUGCUGUACAUACACAAUGUAGCACUGUACAGAGUGGACAAACUAAGGGAGCACUAGGUCACAAUCAUCAUUAUUAUUAUUAUUAUUCCUUAUCAGUAAUUUUUCCAAUUGCCUUAAGAUUACUCCACAGUAUUUCUUCUAUUGCCAGCACCUUGAUCAAAUUCCAUUGACUACACUUGUGUGUGUGUGUGUGUUUGAGUACAGCAAAAUACACAAAGCCCAGUAUUGGAAAGGAAGGCAGGGUCCUAAAGCAGGGGUCGCCAACCCUGUUCCAGGAGAUCUACCAUCCAGUAGGUUUUUAACCAUAAUUUGGCCCACCUGAUUCUACCAAUUAGCAGCUUGAUGAGUUCUCUGGCUGUUGAAUGAGGUGCACUGUGUUAGGGUUGGAGUGAAAACCUAUAGGAUGGUAGAUCUCCAGGAACAGGGUUGGUGACCCCUGUCUUAAAGGGUAGAGUAAAUCCUUUGUAUUCCGGUACAUUCUGAUGUGUGUCUUGUGCAAAUAGAAUAAAGGAAAUACAUUCGAACAUUUUCCCAGAUGGGGGACAGGAGAGUUUAAAAACCAGAUAUCCCAUUCCAUUUACAAGGGAUGAUUUGUAUUAAAAAGAAGGGAAAAGAACAGUAUUAUAGGUGACUCUUCCCAUAAUUUCCAGGACACCAUUUAUUGUUUACAACCAAAGAAAUACUGUGCUAUGAAUGCAAAAUUACAUUCAGAGAUUAACUCUGUUAUCUGUGCUAAUUUGUGCUGUGUUAAAUGGGAAGUAGAAAUGGGAUUUGUUUGAGACCAAAGAGGUUUUUUUUUCUCUCUAUUCUUUGACUUUUUGUAAAAUCCUAAGCAUUGAUACGAUUCAGUUCGGCAUAUCAUUUUUUUUAUUUUUUUAUUUAUUUUUUUUUAAAGAAGGAAGCACAAAGUAUUUGAUUUCACUGCCCAAUAUUUAUAUAUUUUUAAAGGAAAUCACUGUGUAAGUCAUGGUUAAAUACUGUACUAUAUACAUGUCCCCCUAUAACAUACAGUAAAACCGGAAUUUAUUUGGCUCUGGGUAGCCUCAACCUUACUUUGCAUGUAUUUCCUCUAUACUGCAGAAAAGGGAUGCGAUGUGUAUUUUGUGUAUUUUGUUGUGCCCACCUCAGUUAAUGCAUUACAAGCGUUUGUUGUAUCACUUUUACUACUGCCAUGUACAGGUCUGUCUCAUGUGGAAAUGUUGUGUACCAUCGUCUCAGUGGACUAGUGCUGCAGUGUUUGGUGUUCAAAAGGAAAAUAAAUUUGUUUACAAUC